AGUUCAUCUGAGAUCCGCUGCUUCACUCGGCUGCUUCUAACGGAACUCACGGUUGUGCUGUGUUUGAAGAUGGCGGCUCCCGGCUUUUGUCGCCUCUUAGUUCUGCUCCUCAUCACACUGUCACACACCUUGUACAGCUCUGAGAUCCCAUCUGAAAAUGCCAAACGGAGUCUGGCCCUGUCUUCCACCUCUGAUUCCAAGCAAGACCAUGACAUGGGACUUCUGGGCGGCAGCCAACGACGGAGACACUGGUCACGUAAAGACAGGGAUAGUGUUGUGCUUCACUCUCAAAGGCCACUGGAUCGACCGGAGGAUGAUGGGACAAGUCUGGAGGGUCUAAGCCCUGUAAGGCUGGAGAUAGGGCCCGGGGACAGUAUGAGGACGGAGGUUCAUGAGGAGGUCAGGGGUCCUGCUCAUAUGCGGCGGGGAAAUCAUCCAACGAAGGGAGAGUUCAAUCGUAAAGGCAGGAGACAUGGCCACGGGCAUCAGGCUGAUCACAGAAAACAGGGAGGCAAAAGAGGCAAAGGUCGAGCUAAAGGGGAUCUCUAUGACCCUGAACCUGAAUUAAGCUCCUUGUUGAAGGAUAUGAAUGCAUUUGAGGAUGAUUUUUUCACCUCCCCGUCCAAUCACGACAAUGCCCCACUCACUGAAGCUCCCUCCCCUCUCUUCCCCAUUUUGGUAACCACGGCAAUCAACGAGCAUCCCCCAACACUGUCCCCAGCCUCCACCAAACCCCAGAAGCCGACUCGAGGGAAGGCUCAAGGGGAGGUGAUGCCAACUCUGGACAUGGCACUCUUUGACUGGACUGAUUAUGAGGAUAUGAAGCCUGUAGACACUUGGCCAUCCAACAAAAGAAAAGAUAAACGUCGUGGCAAAAACAAGAGUAAUGGGAACGCAACACUUGAUGCUGAUGUCAUUGACCCAUGUGACCAUCAUCUCAACUGCCUCCCUGGUUCCUGUUGUGACCUGAGAGAACAUGAGUGCAAACCUCACAAUCGCGGCCUAAACAACAAGUGUUAUGAUGACUGCAUGUGUGAAGAGGGUCUGCGUUGUUAUGCAAAGUUUCACCACAAGCGGAGGGUGACCCGAAGACGGGGCCGCUGUGUGGAGCCAGAAUCAGCCAACAGCAACCAAGGAGCCUUCAUCACCAUCUGACAUAUAGAGAGAUAUCCCAUAUGACUGAUGAUGGACUGAGCUUUGAAGAAUGUGGGUCAAAGUUAAAUGUCCUCUGCCCACAGAAUAAAUGUACAUACACUGUUCAUCUGCCUGUCAGGGUUCUGCACCAUUCAGAAUUAAAUAUAGAAUGGCUUUUAAAUUCUUGGAUUUGAAUUGAGGUAGCAAUCAGGAUACAGAAUUAAUUUGAAACCGGAAGUAGAAUUGUAUUUUUCAAUUUGAAUUAACCAUAAACGUUAUCACACACUCAACAUAUGGGAUAUUUCUAGAAACACUAGAUGAUAUUAAUAAUACAAUUUUGAAAUGCCAUAUAAUCAAAUUAUGUUGUUGGACCAUGGAAUUAAUCAAAGCCAACUAAUGGACCACUGAAUUUUUUUUAACAUACUUUUACUAGUAGUACACUUGCGUGGAUAGAUGAGCUCCAUAUAUUAUGUAAUUGAUAGAUUCAAAUUUGGUCAGUAUUUUUUAAAUACAAUUAUUUGAAAACAUUUUGGCGAUUUUUUUUGUGAUGCAGGGUGGCAUAAUUAAAAUCUGAAAAUAUCUGGAAAAAAAAGACGCGACUCUACCUAAAUUUUUUUUCAAAACUCUAAAAAUGCACCUUUACACACAGUUCAUCACAGCUUCCAGCUGAAAUGAACACUAGAGGCAGUAAAAUGGCAACAACUUUCAUCUCUUUUCAAACAAAUGAUGAUUAUGGGGACAUAUUAUCUAUUAAUAAACAGUUAUUUUUCUGUGGUUCCUUGCACAAUAUUAUAUAUUACCUCAAUAUGAUAACCUCAAAAUGUUUUUACCAUAGCA